AUCCUGUUUGGCGCGACUCUUGGGACCAGUGGGAUUAGUCGUUUGUGUCCUAGUUCUACGGCAGGGGCCUGGUCCGGAAGGCGGGACUGGGAGCGGUUCCGCUGCGCCCCGCCCCGUGGGCACCUCUGCAGGCUGCCUGGGGCCUUGGAGCCCAAUGUCCACCCAACUCUAGCGUCCGGGCCUCCAUCCAUCCAUCCAUCCAUCCAUCGCGGCCACAGGCCCUGGGACCAGCUGACCCCGAAUCCUAGCCCUCUUUCAGGCUCCCCCCACUCCCCGUCCCUGCUAGUGGGCUGGUUACCAUGGUGAAGUUAGCAGCCAAAUGCAUCCUGGCAGGAGACUCGGCUGUAGGCAAGACGGCCCUGGUGCAGAUGUUCCGCAGCGAUGGGACCCAUUUCCAGAAGAACUAUACUCUGACAACAGGUGUGGAUUUGGUGGUGAAGACAGUGCCAGUUCUUGACACAAAUGACAGCGUGGAACUCUUCAUUUUUGACUCAGCCGGCAAGGAGCUGUUCUCUGAAAUGCUGGAUAAAUUGUGGGAGAAUCCCAAUGUCCUGUGUCUCGUCUAUGAUGUGACCAAUGAGCAGUCCUUCAUCAGCUGCACCAGGUGGCUGGAGAAGGUCCGGGCCCAGACUCCGGGUACCUUCCUCCCAGGUGUUUUAGUGGGGACUAAGACAGACCUGGCUGGCCGACGAACAGUGGAUUCUGCGCAGGCCCAGGCGUGGGCACUUGGCCAAGGCCUGGAAUUCUUUGAAACAUCUGUGAAGGAGAUGGACAAUUACGAGGCCCCCUUCCACUGUCUGGCCAAGCAGUUCCACCAGCUGUACCGGGAGAAGGUGGACAUGUUCCAUACCCUGGUGUGAGGGUAUAGUGGACCGUCCCACGGGGCUGGCCAAGCUGGGCUGGGCUGGCCUGCCGUGAGUCCAGCAGACCUUCAUCUCUCCAGAAGACAGAAGAUGGAAUGUCUGGUACUUCUCAACUAUCAUCACAGCUUUCAAUAAAAUGAGGAAAGUGAACAUCA